CAGUAUAUUGAGAUGUGUGAGAGGGAAAGGAGAUUUAGGAUUCUCAGCAAAGAAACGUAUAAAUUUCCCAGGAAAUCUCCUUGUCUUUUACUGGCAUACAAGUCCACACGUCUGAUGUUCUGGGAGGUUCUGGGGUGAUGCAUCAGUUAAUUGCUCCACUUUUACUCGUGCUUGAAGGCUGAAAUUCAUUUUUUCAGGUGAACGAAUGACAAGAGAAGGAAAGACUUUUGGUCACACCUUCAGCUUCUUGUCCUGUUGAUCAGAUUUAAAGAAGAGAGAAAAUGUUCCUGCCCCAGAGAUCUCUGCAGAUGGUUACAUUUUUGGCAAUCUUUUUUCUUGCCUGUUUUGCAACAUGUCAAGACACUGAAAAGAGAAGAGCAGUGACGGAGCACCAGCUCAUGCAUGAUAAGGGGAGGGCAUUUCAAGGGCUGAAGCGUCUGAUGUGGCUCCACAACGCCCUAGGUAGUGUGCACACAGCCAGCAGCAGGGAUAUUUCCCUUUCAGAUGCCAUAUGGGAUUCACAGAAGACCAGAGAUCCCUCAGAUCUCUACAACAGCAUCAGCAGAGAUGAGACUUCAAACCCGACGAAGCAGCUCCUGAAACUGAUGGAAGAUGAGCAGAGCUUCCCCCCACUGAAGAAGCAGUAUUUGCUGCAGUAUCUGAAGACCCCAGAGGGUAACUGGAACCCACAAGAUGUUUUUGAUCUCCUUCAAAUCAAAGAGUUUGGCAGAAAGAGAAAUCCUAGCAAGCAGCCACAGAACUUUUCCCACUAGCCUCCAUCCAGCUCAGUCUGUGCACUGCUUUAGAUACGUGAUGUUAUAAGGAAAAGCACUCCUGCAAAGGUGAGCUGAAAUAGAAAAAUAGUGUCUAUUUGUUCCAUUACCUAUUUGUGAGUGUUGAAUAGAAAGUCUUUUAAGGACCUGGGUUCCCUCCCUAGCAGGCAGUCUGACUAUUACAAUUGUGAGGUGCAGUGAUUUUUAAGAGGCCAGAAAUCUUGCCUUUCAUGGCAAGGCCCUCCCUGUCUGUUAGCAGUAAAUUGCAGGGCUGUAGCAGAUCUCUGUAGCCCAGGCAAAGCAGGAAAUUCAGUUCAUUAACCUGCACGCUCACAGCUUCACUUGAAGUUUUAUGUCUUGUCUCCUAAAAAAGCCAUUACCUCCUAAUAACAUUUUAUUUUAUUUCACACCUGCCUGCAGCUCUGCCCCUGCUCUGUUGUAGUAGUGAUUCUCCUUAUGCUUUAGGACCAAAGGUGGGUUGUUUUUUUUUUUUUAAUCUCUCAUCUUUCAGCUUUACCAUCAGAGUAGCAAACUUUUUGCAAUGCCACAGAGGCAGCAGAUCCACCACUCCCCACCUAAGCACUACACAUUACCCCUCUGCUGGUGAAAAAGAUGAGAAUCACCCUCCUGACUCCAUAUUUGAGCCUUUUAUUACAAGGAUUUCUACCUUUUCUGUAUUCUUGUGAGCCCACGCAGUGCAUUGCAUUUUCUGAGCAGAAAACCAACUGCAUGAGGCCAAUUGUGCUUCCUCAAAUAGAAGCAGAUCGCUCGUGAUUCAGUUUUGUUAUUCACCUUAAAGCUGAUCAGCUCUAAGCAAAGCAACGUCUGAUUUAACUGCAAAAUCAGGCUUUCAGAAAUGAAAUGUCAGUCGUGAUACAAAUAUAUCUGCACUUCCACCACAUAGGGACCGUGCCUGGCAUUUAAAACCCUGACAUUCCUCUGCUGCUGACAGAUUUCAACUGCGUGUGCAAAGAGUGCUUUUCAGUGCUGGAUCCAAACCCCAGCAACUCAGUGUUGUAAUAAAAACCUUCCCACCCUCUGAACCACUCGUGUUCCUCUGUAGAAACGUAAAUAAAAUUAUCAUUUGCCAAUCUCCGUGCGGUCGGGAUGAAUAUGGAAUCACCCACUGAAAGAGGCCAUCCCAGCUAUUCCAUACACAUCUCUGUGGAGAUGAGGAAAAAACAACCCUCCCUGUAGCACACAGCACUGUGAGGGCACUGUGAGGGCACACAGCACUGAGGGCACACAGCGCCAUUUUGGAGAGGUGAGGAUGGAGCCCCUUAUGGCUGCACUGCAGACACCUCUCACACACUUAUAGCUCUAACGCAGAGGGCUGAGCCCAGAAGAGAGCAAGGUUAAUUUCAAACGGAAUUCGUGCGUUUUCUCGUUACGAAGAGUAAAACCAAAUGACGGCACACCUCCCAGCCCCGCCGCCCCACAGCCCCUCACAGCCCGCCCUCCCGCCCAACCUCCAGGCG